UUUACACUGAGAGACAAAUAUCUUAAUUGGAGAUUGAGUUCAUAGUUAAUUAUAGGCCAUUUUAAAAGUCAAUGAUCGAAAAUAAAGAAAAGGAAGUCCAUGGUCAUCCAAUCCCGCGUUCUCUUCUGACUUUUGAAGCUCCAAGCUUUUUUUAUUUAUUACUUUUUUAAUAUAGCUCCAAGCUUCAUUUAAAAAUUAAAACUCAACGAUUUUACAAUCACACUCACACCAACCACAAACUCAACUCCAUUAUCAUUAUCAUUAUCAUUAUCAUUAUCAUCAUCAUAAUCAUCAAUGGCGAAUCACAAUGAAUUCGCACACGACGUUUUUCUAAGUUUCAGAGGCGGAACACGCUACUCCUUCACCGAUCAUCUCUUCCGUUCUCUUCUCCGUCACGGAAUCAACGUUUUCAGAGACGAUCAAAACCUCAAAAUCGGCGACGAAAUCGGUCCUUCACUUCUACAAGCAAUCGAAGCUUCUAGAAUCUCAAUUGUUGUUCUCUGUAAAGACUACGCUUCUUCUAGUUGGUGCCUUGAUGAACUUGUUAAGAUUGUUGACUGUUAUGAAAAUAAUGGAAAAUCGGUUUUUGUUAUAUUUUAUAAGGUUGAACCUUCAGAUGUUAGACAUCAGAGAAAUAGUUAUGAAAUUGCUAUGGUUGAACAUGAGAACAGAUUUGGAAGUGAAUCGAAGAAGGUUAAAGCAUGGAGAUUGGCUUUGAAUAGAGUUUGUGCUCUUAGUGGAAUUCAUUACAAAGAUGAUAUCUAUGAAUCAGAGUUUAUUGAUAAGAUUGUCAGAGACAUCUCAGCUAAACUACCUCCCAUGCCUUUACAAAUCAAACACUUAGUUGGACUUGAUUCUCGUUUCGAACAAGUGAAGUCUCUCAUUGAUUUCGAUUCUGAUGAUUCUGUUUGCAUGUUGGGAAUUUGUGGAGGUGGUGGAAUAGGCAAAACCACAUUUGCCAUGGAUAUAUAUAACAAGAUCAGACAUCGAUUUGAAGCUGGAAGUUUUCUUGCUAAUGUAAGAGAAAAAUCAAAUGCAAGCACUAGUGGCCUGGGAGAUCUCCAAAGGACACUUCUGUCUGAAAUGGGUGUGGAGACACAAACCAUGAUGGGAAGCACAUUUAGAGGAUGCUCGGAAAUAAAACGCAGACUAUCCCACAAAAGAGUUCUUCUGGUACUAGAUGAUGUUGAUUCAGUAAAACAAUUGGAAACAUUAGCUGGAGGACAUGAUUGGUUUGGUUCUGGUAGCAGAAUCAUCAUAACAACAAGAGAUGCAGAUGUUCUACAUAAGCAUGAUGUGAAAACAUAUAAACUCGAAGAGUUAAAUUAUCAUGAAUCCAUUGAACUCUUUUGUAGGUAUGCCUUUAAUAUGAGCAAACCUGCAGAAAACUUUGGAAAUAUCUCUUCUCGUGCAAUAAAUUAUGCAAAGGGUAUACCAUUGGCUUUAAAAGUAAUAGGAUCAAAUUUGAAAGGUAAGAGCAUAGAGGAGUGGGUUAUUGAACUGCAGAAAUAUAAAAAGGUUCCAGAUGUUGAGAUUCAAGGUGUACUGGAAAUAAGCUACAAAAGCCUAUCUGACUUGGACCAAAAAGUUUUUCUUGACAUGGCUUGCUUUUUCAAAGGGGAAAGAUGGGAUUAUGUUAAAAGGGUACUAGAUGCUUGUGAUUUCUACCCAAUUAUACGAGUAUUUGUUAGCAAAUGUCUCAUAACUGUUGAUGAAAAUGGUUGUUUAGAAAUGCAUGAUCUAAUACAAGACAUGGGUAGAGAGAUUGUUCGAAAGGAAUCAGCAUCAAACCCUGGUGAACGCAGCCGAUUAUGGUCUCAUAAAGAUGUUCUUGAUGUACUAAAAGGAAACAUGGGAAGUUCUACAGUUGAAGGAAUAAAGCUUCAUCCCCCAAAACAAGAAAAAGUAGAUCAGUGGGCUCAUACUGCCUUUGAGAAGAUGAAAAACCUCAGAAUUUUGAUUGUUAGGAAUACAUUAUUUUUAUCAGGACCUACUUAUCUUCCAAAUAGUUUGCGUCUACUCGAUUGGAAGUGCUUCCCAUCAAAGAAUUUCCCACCAGAUUUUUAUCCAUAUAGAAUUGUUGACUUCAAGUUACCUCAUUGCUCUAUGAUAUUGAAAAAGCCCUUCCAGAUUUUUGAGGAUUUAACAUUCAUCAAUCUCUCGCAUAGUCAAUCCAUAACUCAAAUUCCUGAUCUGUCUGGAGCUAAAAACUUAAGAAUGUUUACACUUGAUAAAUGUCGUAAACUGGUAAGGUUUGAUAUAUCAAUUGGGUUUUUGCCUAAUCUGGUGUAUUUAAGUGCUUCUGGGUGCACUGAGCUCAAAUGUUUUGUGCCAAAAAUGUAUUUGCCAUCCCUUCAAGAGCUUUCAUUUAACUUCUGCGAAAAGUUGGAAUACUUCCCACAUGUAAUACAAAAGAUGGAUAAGCCGUUAAAGAUUUACAUGAUAAAUACUGCCGUUAAGGAGUUUCCAAAGUCUAUUGGUAACCUUACGGGGCUUCAAUAUAUAGACAUGUCACAAUGUAAAGGGGUCAAAGAUCUAUCGAGUAGCUUCUUACUGCUUCCAAAACUGCUCACUUUGAAAAUUGAUGGAUGCUCGCAACUUGGGGCAUCAUUUCAAAGGUUCAAAGAUCACCAUUCAAGGGCAAAUGGUUAUCCAAAUUUAGAAACACUUCAUUUUAGCAUGGCUAAUCUAUCAUAUGAAGAUGUUGAUGCCAUUAUUGAAUGUUUUCCAAAACUCACGGACUUGAAAGUAUCACACAGUGACUUUAUAGCCCUUCCAAAAUGCAUCAGAGGUUCUUUGCACUUGAAAAGUCUUGAUGUGAGCUUCUGCAAUAAUCUCACAGAAAUUCCAGAACUUCCAUUAAGUAUUCAGAAAAUAGAUGCAAGACAUUGUCCAUCCUUAAGAUCAGAGGCAUCAAGUUUGCUCUGGUCAAAGGUUUCACAAGAAAUCGAAAGAAUACAAGUUGUGAUGCCGAUGUUGAAAAGGGAGAUUCCAGAAUGGUUUGACUGUAUUUACUCUCAAGGGAUUCCUAUAUUUUGGGCUCGCAGGAAGUUUCCCAUUGUUGCUUUAGCAUUAGUUUUCCAGGAAGUAAAAAAAAAGACAGACAAUGUUCCUACAUUUAGUGAUAAAAUAAGAUUGUUGAUUGGAAUCAAGAGAUGGUACACUAUUAGCCUCCAUUUGUUUAUUGAUGGCCAAGAAAUUUGUUGCAGGGAUUUCCAUUAUUUCGAUAUUGGGGCAGAUCAUGUGCUAUUGUGUGAUCUUCGAGUUUUGUUUAGUGAUGAAGAGUGGCAGAACCUUGAUGCAAGUCUCGGAGAUGACUGUAAGACAAUUCAGAUUCAAUGUGUUCCAAACUUGAAGCAAGACUUGAUUCUGACUAGUUGGGGAGUUUAUGUGUACAAGCAAGAAACAAGCAUGAAUAAUAUACGAUUCAUACCUCCCAAUCUGAUCGAGCCGUUGUCCAAUAUGCUAACACCAUUUUUGGUUCCACAAAGAUCUCGUGAGCAGACAGAGCAGUACAUGAAACAUGUUCUGAACAGUCUCAAAUUUACAGAUUUGUUUAAUGUGGAUUCCAUUUGGCGACAGUCAGAAGUUUCAGACAUUUCUUUAAAAGUGCUUCUCCGGUCUUUCAGAAAUGCCAAGGCUGAAAUUAUAGAUGAGGCUUCCUCCUCUCUGUGUGGGGCAAGUCUAAAACAGGAUCAUGAAGAUUCUGUAGCAGACGUGGUUCAGGUAUUAGAGAUGCUGAAAGAAAAAGCCCCAAAACAUUUUGCUGAACAUGAAUAUUAUCAAAUUGAAGAAGGAUCUGUGGAAAGCUUAUUGACGGCACAUGUAGAAUUGGAAAACACCUUGAACAUCAGAAUGCCUAUUGUUUUGGUGUAUACUAGUAAUAUACUGGGAACGUACCAACGCUAUUGGGGAAACAUGGAGAUAAAAUUGGGAGAUCCAGUUUUCAAAUCAGUGUUGAGUAGGUUUAACGAUUUUCCGUUUCGAGUUGGGACAACCACUGAAACCUCAGCCACUAUCCUUGAAUUGAAAUGCCAGCCUCAAUUUGAGGAGGAAGCUUCGAGCUCUAGCAUUGAAGAAUCCUUAGAGGAAGGAUACCAUGAUCCUGAAUUUGAAGAGUUAAUGAGGAGGAUAGAGCAGGAUGCUAUGAGCUUGAAUAAACAUUAUGGCAAGAUAAAGGCAUCUAUUGUUCAAAUUGAUGGGCCAUUUUCUGAAAUUUAUGAAACAGAAGCUUUCCUCUUCCAAACACUUAUGAGAAAUCGUUUUACGAGAUUGUAUAUGUUUGGAUCACCAUUCAAGAUUAAGAUCACAUCUUAUGGGAUGAUUAGGUCAGAGGACGAAUAUAUACCCAUGGUCAGGACAUGUUUCUGGUUAUUGUACAUGGUUCUUCUUGUUCUAAUCUUGCUGUCAUUUUGGUUUACUCGUAUGACAUUAGUGUGGGGUUGGUUGCUUGUCAAGAAAUUUUUUGUUGUUUCCUGUAAAAAAGUAUACAGGAUAGUUGACAAAAGUAUUAUGAGAGUAAAGAAGAAGGAAUUGUAGUGGAAUAGUGUGGCAGAAGUUUUGUAAAGUUGUUCAUUAAAGCUAUGUUUGUAGAAUGUCUAUAGCUUUGUUCAUAAGGUUGGCAUCUUUGUCUACAAUAGUUGCACUAGAAGGGGAUUCGUCUUGAAUUGCAUUCAGGUAUGAUUAAGGUGACUGACUAUACAUGACGAUGGAUAAGGGAAGGAUUCAUUUUGGAAUAUUGUAAAGCAGGUAAAUUUCACUGCUGGUGUGUACUUUGUUUGAUUGGGUUGUGAUGGGAUGGUGUGUAUUUUGACGCUGCUAAGACUUGGUAAUGAGUUAGUUGGAGUCCUAAUUAAUUUUGUUUCAUCUUAUCAUAUUAUCUUUUGGAUGAUGAUUUUAUUAAUCCAUUGUUUGUAAAUGGUGAAAUAGGAGUUUAACACAUAGUAGAAUAACUUCCAAUUGUAGUUUUUGUUGAUUGUUAAUGGCCAUGGUUUCAUUAAAUUGUACAAGCAACCAAUGUUUUAUUGCUAAUGAUAAUCAUUCAGCAGUGUAUCCCUCUGA